AUGAGGGGCUUGAUGUUAGCCCUGGUUUUAAACCUGGUGGGGAGCCAGCCUCUUAAUUACCAACCUGAUUUCAGUGAAAACAAGGUUUAUACAUUUAAUUAUGAAAGCAUGCUUCUCAGUGGACUUCCAGAGAAAGGACUUGCAAGAGCUGGAAUAAGAAUAAAAAGUAAAGUGGAAAUUAGUGGUAUUGGGCCAAAACUUUGUCUUAUUAGGAUUCACUCAAUCGAAGCAGCAGAGUACAAUGGUGUCUGGCCUACAAGCUCGUUCUCUCGAUCACUCAAACUGACCCAGGUACUAACUGGGCAACUUAGUAAUCCCAUCAAGUUUGAGUAUAGCAAUGGCCAUGUUGGAAACCUUAUGGCUCCUGACUCUGUCUCGGACGAUGGUCUGAACAUCUACAGAGGGAUUCUGAAUGUGCUGGAGCUAAGUAUAAAGAAGAUGCAGCAUUCAUACAGCUUACAGGAGGCUGGGAUUGGAGGUAUUUGUAACACAACAUAUGCAAUUCAGGAAAACAAGAGAGCAAACCUAGUCUAUGUGACCAAAUCCAAGGACCUGAACAGUUGUGAAGAGAAAGUUCAAAUGGUCACAGGUUCAGCAUACACUUAUCCGUGCCAGACCUGCCAGCAGAGAAACAAGAAUUCCCGGGCAACUGCUACUUACAAUUACAAAAUUAAAUAUACACGUAAUGAAGCUGUAAUUACACAAGCUGAUGUUGAGGAAAUCCACCAGUUUGCACCCUUCAACGAGAUAACAGGAGGAAAUGCUAUAGUAGAAGCAAGGCAGAAACUUGCUUUGACUGACGUGGAGAAGCACAUGGCAGAGGUCCCACCAAAAGAAUUCCAGAAUCGUGGGUCACUUCAGUACCAGUUUGGCAGUGAAUUGCUUCAGCUUCCUGUCCACUUAUUCAGAAUAAAAAAUGUGGAAAGCCAGAUAGAGGAAAGCCUGCAAGACCUAGUAGAGACCACAUCUGAACAGCUUCCCAGCGAUGCACCAGCAAAAACCCUCAAGCUUAUGCACCUCUUCCGUGCAGCGAAUGAGGAGAAUUACGAGUCAGUGUGGAAGCAGUUCUCCAGUCGGCCAGCAUACAGGCGCUACAUUUUGGAUAUAAUUCCUGCAGUUGCCAGUCACCGUGCACUCAGGUUCUUGAGGCAUAAAAUGGAAAAGCAAGAACUCACCAACUGGGAAGCAUCUCAAACAGUGUUUGUGGCUCUGCACUCAAGCACACCAACUCGGGACGUGAUGGAGGAAGCAACACUCAUCAUGAAAAAACAUUGUCCACGCUCAAGUACCGUACUUGGAAAGGCUUGCCAUCUCAGCUAUGCGUCACUGUGCCACAAACAGUGCUCUUCAUCAGACUCCUGCUCUGAAUGUCUCCAGCUACUUCAUGGAUUUGCAGGAGAGGCAUUGAGCAAGUCUAACAUAGAAGAAAUUUCCCUAGCUUUGAAAGCCCUUGGGAAUGUAGGACAUCCAGCCAGCAUCAAGCACAUCAAGAAAUUUUUGCCAGGAUAUGCAGCUGGUGCCUCAGAUUUGCCACUCAACGUCCAUGCGACUGCCGUUAUGGCGCUGAGAAACAUAGGCAUGAAAGAUCCAAAAAUGGUCCAGGCUAUUACCCUUGAGAUUUUCCUGAAUCACAAAAUUCCUCCUCGGGUCCGAAUGUUAGCUGCAGUGGUUUUGCUUGAAACCAAACCGGGCCUUCCAAUACUGAUGACAUUAGCUGAUGCUGUGCUGAAGGAACCUAGCAUGCAAGUAGCAAGUUUCAUCUACUCUCACCUGAGGGCCCUGGGUAGAAGCACAGCUCCAGAUCUUCAAGUGAUGGCUUCUGCCUGCAGAAUGGCUGUCAGAGUAUUAAGUCCCAAAUUUGACAGAUCUGGAUAUCAGUUCAGUAAGGUUUUCCGCUUCAGUAUGUUUAAAGAGCUCCUUAUGAGUGGACUGGCAGCUAAAUAUUUGGUAAUGAAUAAUGCGGGCAGCUUAAUUCCAACGGUGGCAAUGUCCCAGCUGCGGACACAUUUCCUUGGAAGAGUGGCCGAUCCCUUGGAGGUGGGAAUAACAGUUGAAGGACUGCAGGAGAUGUUUGCUAAAGGUUACUCUCCUGACAGGGACUGGGAGACUGACUAUAACUUCAAGGAAAUCCUGAAAAAGCUCUCCGAUUGGAAGGCAUUCUCCAGUGACAAACCUUUUGCAUCGGGCUACUUGAAGAUGUUUGGCCAAGAGUUGUUCUUUGGUGGACUUGAUAAAAACGCCAUCCAAAAUGCUUUGCAGGCAUGGUAUGGACCUGAUGAAAAAAUCCCUUCGAUAAGGAGAAUAACCAGUAGCCUUCAAAGUGGUGUAGGGAGGCAGUGGACCAAGGCUUUACUGUCCUCUGAGAUCCGUCGUAUUGUGCCCACCUGCACGGGGUUCCCAACGGAGACGAGCUUCUAUUACUCUUCUGUCACAAAAGUGGCAGGAAAUGUUCAAGUACAGAUUACACCUUCUCCAAAGUCUGAUUUCAGAUUAACUGAGUUACUAAAUGCCAACAUUAGGCUGCAAUCCAAAAUGAGUCUAAGCAUGGCUAAGGAGAUGACCUUUGUAAUGGGGAUCAACACACACAUGAUCCAGGCAGGGCUGGAAGCACACACCAAAAUGAAUGCUCAUGUACCUGUCAAUGUUGUUGCCACUGUCCUUAUGAAGGAAAAAAAUAUCAAAAUUGAAAUUCCACCACGUAAAGAUGAGACUAACAUAAUUACUGUAAGGUCUAAGACAUUUGCUGUUACACGAAAUAUUGGGGAUUUGGCUGCCAGUAAGAUGACUCCAGUUCUUCUACCUGAAGCAGUGCCUGACAUAAUGAAGAUAUCCUUCGAUGCAGAUUCUGCAUCAGGCGAGACUGAUAACAUCAGGGGCAGACAGUCUGCAGAAGAUGUUUCAUCGGGAAAUUCCUUUUCCUUUGGACGCUCUUCUUCACGAAAAGAGCCUUUUGUUCAGUCCAAGUGCUCCAAUGCAAGUACAUUUGGGGUGCAAGUGUGCAUUGAGAGGAAAAGCGUACAUGCAGCAUUUAUCAAAAACAUGCCUCUUUAUUACCUAGUUGGAGAGCACGCCCUUAGAAUAAGCCUCAAGCCGGUUUACACCGAGGCACCUAUUGAAAAAAUACAAGUCACAAUUCAAGCAGGAGACCAAGCUCCUACAAAAAUGGUACGUUUAGUAACAUUUGAAGAUCCAGAGGCACAAGUAUCUUCCAGAAAAGAAGCAAUUAAAAGAGUGAAGAAAAUCCUUGAUGAUACUGAUGACCAGGGGACAAGAAAAUCCAGAAGUUCGUCCUCCAGUGCCAGCAGCAGUGGAAGUGCCCAGAGUACAACGAGCAGCCCGUACAGCAGUGACUCUGACAACAGAGCAUCACAGGGAGGCACCCAGAUAAAUCUGAAAACGAGACAGUCCAAAGCCAAAGGAAAGAAAUUCUACCCCUUUGGGGACAGUAGUGGUAGCAGCAGCAGCAGUAGUGGGAGCAGCAGCAGCAGUAGUGGGAGCAGCAGCAGUAGCAGCAGCAAAAGCAGUAGCAGUAGUAGUGGUAGUAGUAGCAGCAAAAGCAGCAGUAGUAGCAGCAAAAGCAGUAGUAGCAGUAGCAGCAGUAGCAGCAAAAGCAGUAGUAGCAGUAGCAAAAGCAGUAGCAAAAGCAGUAGCAGCAGCAGCAGCAGCGCAGGUAGCAGCAACAGCAGCAGCAGCAGUAGCAAAGCAUCUGGUAUAAAGCCUAAGGCUAAGAAGCAGUCCAAGACCACACCAUUUCCACAAGCCAGUGCUGCUGAAGGAGAGAGGAGUGUCGGUGAGCAGAAGCAUAAAACACAGAGUAGCAGCAGUAGCAGCAGAAGCACCAGCAGUGGCACCAGCAGCAGCAGUGAAAGUACUGGUGCUUCCCAUCGCCACAGCAAAUAUGACAGACAAGCUGAGAAGAAACGUGUCAAGUCCCAAUUUAACGGUCACAGUAGUUACAACAUUUCUACAGAAUGGGAAUAUCACCUUCCAAAAGUAUAUCGGCUCCGCUUCAGGCCUGCUCACAUCCAUUGGCAUCCAGAUCGUGAGAUAUCAAGCAGCUCAUCGUCAUCUUCCUCUGAGUUGGGAAGCAGCCACAGCAACAGCAGCAGCAGUGGCAGGAGCAGCAGGAGCAGCCGCCCAGGCAGCCCCAGCAGCACCAGCAGCCACCGCCGCCAUGGAGAAAAUGCUGGCCACAGCUCAAGGAGGAGCCACCCAAGCAGAGGAGUCAGCAGCCACCACAGCUGUGGGUCCAGGCUGACGCGUGAGCGCAACUUCCUGGGAGACGUAAUUCCACCUGGCAUUACGAUUGUGGCACAGGCAGUAAGGAGUGACAACAGAAAUCAAGGUUAUCAAGCUACAGCAUAUGUUCGUUCUGAUGCUGCCAAAGUUGAUGUGCAACUAGUUGUGGUUCAGCUGGCUGAAACCAAUUGGAAAGCAUGUGCUGAUGCUGUAAUACUGCCUCUGAAAGCACAGGCCAGACUGAGAUGGGGCAAGGAGUGCCGGGACUACAGGAUAGCAGCCACGGCUACCACAGGCCAACUGGCGAGGAAGCCGGCUGUGCAGCUGAAGGUGCAAUGGGGAAAUCUUCCAUCCUGGAUAAAAAAGACAAGCACAGCAUUCAUGCAAUACGUUCCUGGUGCAGCACUCGUGUUGGGCUUCUCAGAAGCAGAUCAGAGAAAUCCAUCUCAUGAAUUCAUAGUAAGGGUAGCUGCAACAUCUCCACGAACAAUUGAUACAGUAAUUAAAGCUCCUGGGGUAACACUUUACUAUCAGGCACUCCGAAUACCAUUCACCCUGCCCUUAGGCCCAUCUCCAACUUACAAGACUCGAGAUAUCACUGCCUGGAAUUUAUUUCCUGAAAUAGCUUCACAAAUAGCACAAGAAGAUCAAUCCACAUGUGAAGUCAGAGAGGGAGAUUUCAAAACAUUUGAUCACUUGAGCCGUACAUAUUCUUUCAAUAAAAACUGCAACCUGAUAGUGGUCCAAGACUGUACUGAACACCCAAAAUUCAUCAUUACUACAAGAAAGGUUGAUCCUCAGUCUUCCUCAAGAGAGGUUCACAUAAAUACAACCUCAGCGAACAUCACAAUCUGUCCUGCCGCAAAUUCAUCUCUCCUUGUAGCAUGCAAUGAAGAACCAGUUCUAUCACACAGUGGAGUUUCUGAGUAUGAAAAAGACAAUGUUAAAAUUUAUAAAAAUGGAAAAACAGUUAGUGUGGAAGUUCCAACACACGGACUGAAGAAUGUGACUUUUGAUGGUGUGAUCCUUAAGGUUACCGUAGCUUCGUGGAUGAGAGGAAAGACCUGUGGAGUUUGUGGAAAUAAUGACAGAGAAAAGCACAAUGAACUCCUAAUGCCAAAUCAUAAGCUGGCACACAGCUGUUCUGCUUUUGUUCAUUCAUGGAUAUUGCUAGAAGAAACCUGCUCUGGUGGGUGCAAGCUGCAGCGCAGUUAUGUGAAGCUGAAUCGAAAGCCUACUAUUGACGGAGAGGAAUCUACGUGCUACUCUGUUGACCCAGUACUGAAAUGUAUGAAAGACUGUACUCCAAUCGAAAAAACUUCAGUUAAGGUUGGCUUCCACUGUUUCCCAAGAGAUACUGCUGUAAGCCUGCUGGAAUGGCAGAGAAGCAGCGACAAGAAAUCUGCGUCUGAGGAUGUUGUGGAGUCUGUGGAUGCUGACAUUGAUUGUACCUGCACUGGCGACUGUAGUUAAGCUAAAUGCUUUAGUGUUGUGCUAUAGACAUACUAUACAAAUAAUUGAAUAGCUGGAAAGAUAAGAAGGGAAUGUAAUAGCUGUAGUAAAAUAUUUAAAAAUGUGCUUGAAGAAAAUAAGCCUACUGCACUGCAUCCAAAGUCAAAAGCAUUAAGUACAGUCUGCACUGCUUAAUAAAUAUGUUGUUCAUUAAAUAAGUA